GUUGACUAAAUUGUGUGUGUUUCUAGUGUGUGGCUGCUUUACAAUUACAACACAUUUAUUCCCGUUAGUUUUUUAUCCCCUGUAGUUGACCGAACUAGAAAUCGACCGUUGCAAACCCAAACGGUCAUCUUUGGCAACCAUCAAUCUCUUACACUAUUAAACUCCCAAAUUUUAUUUUGCCAAACACAAACUCAUUACAUCAAUAUAUUCUCCCAAAACUAAACUAAUCAAGUCUCGAUUUCAAUGGACACAGUGCUUCUUCAAACCCCUCCAAAACCCACCACUUGUGAUGCAGAAAACUCACCGCCGGCCUGCAACUCCGGCAAGCACGGCACGCCCGACCGCCUCAACGUCCCCAAACCCUUCAAAUACUCCGAGCGGUACACUAGCCCUACUGAUCAAAUGAUGUCCCCAGUUAGCAGAGGCAUUCUUGCGAGAGGUAGAAAGGGAACCAAGCUAUUGCCACCUUCCACUAAUCAACACAAGAUUCAAGCCCUAAAACUUCAAGAAUCCAACAAUCCUCAUCCAAAUUGAGAAAAAGGAGUUGGGAGUUUAUAAUUAUAGUUUAUAGAUAGUGGUAUAUUACAUGUAUUCACUUUUGAAAUAUUCCUACAAUUAUAUGAAUAUAUAUCAAGUCAAGCAUUUCAUCGAACA